UUACAAAUGGCUACAAGAGGUAUCAAAAGAACAAGAGCAGCUAUGGAGAGAAAUUUUGAAGAGGACAAAGAGGAGGUCAAGGUCACAAAAUGUAAAAGAGGCAAGAAAAUUUGCACUAACUGCACAAAGAACGGACUUAGCGGACUCAACCCAAUCAAUUGAAAGAAGUGACAAAUAUGUGGGUUUGUUUUUAACAGGAAUACACAAAAUGCCACAAAUAUAAUGAAAGGACUCUCUAAGCUUGGCUGUGAGAACUACGCAUAUAUGGAAACAGUGAGCUCUGAAGACAACAAGCUCUCAAUAUUUCUCAACAAGACCAGAACUUUUUACCAAAAUGAAGAGAACGUAUCUCUCAAGAAGAGGGACCUAAAGAAGAUGAAGAAGGAACAGCUGGUGCUUAUCAAUCCUUGUGCUACUAAGGUGCCAAAACAUCUUUCAGACAAGCAAAGAUUUUGAGAUUAUCAGACCAUCCAUAUGACUCAGGAAAGAUUUGAGAAGUUGAAUCAUGGCCUCACCCCAGAGGAUAAUGAACUAGAUAAAAAGAUCAAGAUUGUAGUUAACCCAGUUUCAGAAACUCCUGAAGACCCAAAAAGCUACGAAAUGAAGGGAUUCGAUCUAAAACGACUAGAAAAAGGACUCCUUGCUCUCUGUAUUCCUGAACAAAGAAUUAAAAGCUGUAAGUGGAUCCCAAUCGAAGAAUAUAUUCAUGAAAAUUCUGAUAACGUUUCAUCAGAGAAAAUCCAUGAUAUUGUGAACUACUGCUCAAUUCUGACCCAUACAAGGUCUGGAGAGGAAGACCUCUACAGGAUCAUCAUCGUCCAAAUCCAGAAAGAGGAAGGAAAAGUCUAUGAAAUCCUCACUAUUCCAACUCUAAAGGAUCAGAAAGUGAAAUCUGUAACACAAGUUGAAUGGAUGCCAAUACAGAAAAACAGAAACAAAUUCUUUUCUCAAUGUGUAGUCCUUUGAAACACAGAUCAAGGAUCAUACCUCCAAGUUUACAGAUUUACAAGAAAGGAGAGCAGAGAGAGCAAUUGUUUGGAGCUGUGAAAGACUAUCAAGCUUAAUAAAACCUCAGUCGAGCUCCUCUCCUGUAAAGCUAUGGGAGAAUACCUGGCUAUUGGCGAUUCGGCAGGAAAUAUUUAUAUCUUCAAAGUGGCCCAGAAGAAAAGUAAAGAGGUUAAGCACACUGAAUAUGAGUUUUCCCUAUUCAAGAUAUUCAAGAAUGCUCAUGAAAUGGAAAUCUCUGGUCUGGAAUUUAUCACAAAUAGUCUGUAUUAUGAGAAUAAGGUUAUUCUAUCAAGCAUUUCUAAAGAUGGGUCCCUGCGACUUUGGGAUAUUAACGGAAGUUCCUUCUAUCCUGUACAUGAAGUCUGAGGGAACAGCCGAAGAUGGAUGUAUGAUAUCGUCUGGGAUCCCAGCAUUCAAAGUAAUAAUGAUACACAACAGAUACAGUAUAAUAUUGAAGGAAGGCAUGGUUCAUACCAGAUGGUGUAUUUUGAUGAUGAAUUUUCCAGCAAGAAGUCGAAUUUGAUAAAAGAAAAUACAACUUCUAUAUCAAGCAGGCAUACAUCAUGCCAGAUUCUCCUCUCCUCAAUAAAUGGUUGAGUUUACUCCAUAGAGAAGCAAGCUAAAAUGAAGGGAAAGUCCAAGAGUAUUAAUCCAGAAGUAAUCUUCAGAAUUGAGAAGCAAUUAAAUGAAGAAGAAUCCUUCUACAGUUUAAAGCAGAUACCUCCAAGAGACAACAAGAUUCUUGAUCAAGUAGUGGGAACAAUCAGUGAUAAGUUCUUCUACAAAGGGAAAGGCAAGGAGCAUGAGGACUACCUUUUCGAGGAGCAGAACUGUACUAUCAAAGACGUAAAGUACUGCAUCACCAACUCUGAUAAGUGCUUCAUCAGUCUAAGGAAAGACCUUGUCUUUAUUAAGACAAUUUAAAAUGCCCUUCUCAAUA